AUGGUAGUAAUUCCGCAUCAAGGAGAGUCGACCGGCGAGGACAAGGAUCUAGACUAUCGUAUCAGGGGUAUAGGACUUGAGCAAAGCAGCGAGAAUUUAAUGUCUUUCUUAAGACAGAAGCUGAACCUCGAGGCUAAUGUCGUGGGGCGAGUUAAAUCCUUCGCGGUCAGCCACAAAGGAGAAUCCAAGGUAGCGGUAAUAUCGUUAAAACCUCGACCGAUGUGUCUUUCGACUCCUGGGAGAGAGGAGUGGAUUUUCGGGCCUGAGUCUGAGGAUGAUGACACACUCAUCACUGUCGAUACACAUUUUCGUGGUGUGACCGUUUUAUACGCCCCGACACAAGCUUCACCGCACACAAUCGAUAUAUGUGCAGUCGCUGGUCUCGGAGGUCAUGCCUGGGGAUCAUUUAAACAUAAAGGUGGCUCUCAGUCGUCGUACAUGUGGAUCCUAGAUGCACUAUCCAAGGACUUUCCAACGGCCCGAAUAAUGGUUUACGGUUCGAAGACAAGGCUUGAGAGGGAUGAAUCGACCCAACAAAGUCUUGAGGAACUAGGACACUUACUACGCAGCGAGAUGCUGACCGUAAGAAACCGACGCACACUAUCCAACAUGAGCGUCGUUGAGCCUUCUCUUGCAGUUCCUUCAAUCUUUAUUGCGCACAGCUUAGGUGGGCUUACUGUGAAGGAGGCUCUUUUACAGGAAAAAGAACACCCAGUACGCGGUAGCUUUAUUGACACCCUUCACGGAGCAUUAUUCUUCGGCGUCCCCAGUCAUGGAAUGCAAAUCAAUGGCCUUAGAGCUAUUAUCCGUGGGCGGCCAAAUCGGACGCUUAUCGAGUCACUAAGCUAUCAGUCUGACACUCUUCUGAGGCUAAGCCAAAGGUUCAAUGCACAAUUUGGGGAUAGCAGACCGAGGAUUAUAUACUUUUACGAGACAGAACGGUCAUUUACCCCUAAAUUUUCCAAUGGACGGUGGAGAAUGGAAGGGACCCCUAAAGAUUUCCUUAUCAACAAGGACUCUGCGACAGAUGGCAAAUGCUGGACACCAGAUCCAGUAGAUAUCCAUCCAUUAAAUCGGGAUCAUUCCGGUUUAGUAAAGUUCAGCAGUCCGGAUGAUGGGGAUCUAGAGCGUGUCCGGAUAGAAUUAACCAAUUUGUUGGAGUAUCCUUCAAGUCGCAGAUUAUAG